AUUUUCUAUUAAGGUAUCUUUACUUUUACUCAAGUAUGAAAAUGGUGUACUUUUUCAACCGCUGUGUAAAACUAAUAAUGAUACUGUGUAGAAAUAGCACAUAGAAGAGAUUUGAUGUCAGUCACUUGGAAUGAUGGUGGCGCAAAUUCAUGUUAACUGGCCCUUUCAGCAGGAAAAAGAGAAAUUAUGCCAACCUCUGUUAAACCUCAUUGAAGAAGAAGGAAAAAGAGAAAGGAUGCCAACCACUGUUAAACCUCAUCGAAGAAGAAGGAAAAAGAGAAAGGAUGCCAACCACUGUUAAACCUCAUCGAAGAAGAAGGAAAUAGAAAGGAUGCCAACCACUGUUAAACCUCAUCGAAGAAGAAGGAAAUAGAAAGGAUGCCAACCACUGUUAAACCUCAUCGAAGAAGAAGGAAAUAGAAAGGAUGCCAACCACUGUUAAACCUCAUCGAAGAAGAAGGAAAUAGAAAGGAUGCCAACCACUGUUAAACCUCAUCGAAGAAGAAGGAAAUAGAAAGGAUGCCAACCACUGUUAAACCUCAUCGAAGAAGAAGGAAAUAGAAAGGAUGCCAACCACUGUUAAACCUCAUCGAAGAAGAAAAAGAGUAAACAGCUUUUCAAGGGCUUUUGCGCGUGCGUAGCAACAUUGUGGGCGUCGAGGCGAUACUGGAGCACAGAGCGCAUUCGUGAAGGAAAAUAGACACUGUCACCCACCCCAAACAAUCCAGAAGGAAUCAUGGGGAGUGUGUUCCUGCCGUCGAACCUCGCCAACACAGUGCUGAGGCGUCUGCGCAGGGACAACGGCUACCUGCUAGAGGAGAUCCAGCAGGGCAACAUCCAGAGAGAGUGCAGGGAGGAGAUCUGCACCUACGAGGAGGCCAGGGAGGCCUUUGAGAACGAUGAGAAAACUCAACGGUUCUGGGAGGAGUAUGUGCGGGAGAGCAGUGGCGGGCUCCAGUUGGAGGGUGGAGUCCACUCCCUCUACCUGAUCCUGCCCUUGCUCCUGGUGCUCCUCCUGAUCUCCGGCGUGGCCAUCACCGUGUGGCGCUGCCACUCCCGCAAGCGCUCAGAACGCAGCCCCGCCCUGGGCCGCUCCCACCGGGACCCCACCCUAUCGUUGGUCUCCAUGGACCAGUGGGGGCGGGACUUCCAACUCAAUGACCACUCGGAGCUCAGCGUCAACAGCAGCCGCACCUACCCGGGCUCGGAGGUCACGUCGUCGAGGGGAGGCAGAGGAGACCCGCCGCCGUCUUACGAGGAGGCGGUCGGCCACACGGAUGUGCACAUAGAGACAGAGCCGCCGCCUCAGUAUGAGGACAUCAUUGGCCAUGGGAAGUGAAGUGACCCCCCCCCCAUGCCCUGUCUCAAACGACCCUCCUCUCUCUCUGGCCCCCAUCCAGCUAGAUCAGGGGUGUCAAACUCAUUCCACGGAGGCCCUAGUGUCUG